GUGAAAAGUCGGUGAUUGGGUUUUGCUGAGAUUGGCUGUGAAAUUAUUAUUAUUAUUAUUAUUUUAAAAAGGCCUGCGAAGACUCCAGAGAUAUAACAAUAAGGAAUGUGUUUCCUUGUUUAUCUAACAAACACCAAAAAACCGGACACAGCAAGUAAACUGGCUAAUAAUGAAUCCAUCCGAGGAGGAGACAGAAUGCAGGCCUCAGAGUGCAGAAGUUGAAGUGGAAGAGCAAGAUGAGGAUAAGGGAAUGGAGGAGGACAUCCCUCUAGUGGCCGUUGCACCCGAUGCUUCACUCCCAGAAAAGCAGCCCCCAGCCUCCAUUGUGGUCUCUGCUAGUCCUGCAUCCCAGUGUUUAGAUGAGUUGUUGUCAAUGGGCAGAAUCAGCCAGACCAAAGCUGCCAAACUGAAAUCUACCUACAAGCUCCUCCAUGAUACCUUGAAGAGUGCCCAGGAUUCUGAAAUCCACCUUUUAGAAGAGGCAAAGAGGUGUCGGGCUGAGCUGAAGAGGUUUCAGGUGGAGUUGGAGAGGAUAGAGGAGAAGAGCACCUCUGAGGAGCCAGGAAGUGAGGUCAAUGAACUGAGGCAACAGCUCCUUCAGGCAUGCAAUGAACUAAAAGCAGCUGAGGAGAGAGAAUAUAAGGCACAACACCAGCUAAAGUGUCUCUGGGAAGAGAAGCAGUAUCUGGAGAAAGAGAAUGAAAUUCAGAUGAAACCGGCUGAGCAGGAGGACAAGACAGAGGUCAUGCAGGAUCAAUAUGAGGAUCUGAGGAGAGAGGUGGCACAAAGACAACAAGAAAUCAGAAGUCUGAUGGAAGAUAUAGAAACCCACGAAAAGCAGAUAUUGACAGAGCAGAAUGAGCUGGAAGAUAAGAAGGCUCUCGUAGAGCUCAAAGAGGCUGAGAAGGCCGAGCUCAUCAGAAUACCUGACCAGAUUUUAAAGGAGACUGAAAGGAAACGCUCGACGAAGGAAGCUGCAAUGAAGAAGAUGAAAACACUAAAUAUGGAGAUUUCAGAAAUUGAGCAGCAAGUAAAAGCGGUGGAUGAGCGAAACCAUUCCCUCAGGAUGAAGAAGGAGGAGGUGAUGCGAGAGCUGGAGGGUCUGAGGGUCCAAGUAGAGGCCAGUCAGAGGAUUCAGAGGCAGCUGCUGAAAGAGCAGGAGAUCAAGAAGGAGGAGCUGAACGAAUUUAUGGGCAACAGAGGCAUCUUGGAAAUGAAACUGCAGAACAUCAUGUGUGACAGAAAGCAUCUGUAUGAGAGACGGUCUCUGCAGCUCAAGGAGAAAAACAGGCAGAUGCAAGCCCUGAACAGGAUGGAGCACGCAUUGACCGCAGCCACGGAGCAGCUCGAACACACGCAGAAUAUCUACGAGAAGUUAAAGGCUCAGGUGAUCUGUGAAAUGUUGCUUUCACAUGAAGAUAUCUGUGCCAAGGAAAGCGAGAGAAAGCAGCUGUAUUGGGUCAUUCAGGAGCUGCUCAGUGACUCAAACCGCCUCAGAGAGGAGGUCCAUAAUCUGAGAUGUUUAAUGCAAAUCAAAGCAGAGGAGAGAGGCCAGAAGCACCGUGAACUGCUCAGGGUCGAGCAACUGAACGAGCGCAUCCAGCACGAGCUCAAAGAAAAAGACCUGCUCAUCAUGGACCAUAACAAGCUCAACACUAUGCUACAGCGCAGAAUAUUACAGUACUCUAAGAUGUCCGAUAUGGUUAUGGAAGAGAAGAAAAAGUAUGUCAAGCUGAAGCAGAUGGCCUCACAGACGAUCACAGAAUUAAUAUUACAGUACUCUAAGAUGUCCGAUAUGGUUAUGGAAGAGAAGAAAAAGUAUGUCAAGCUGAAGCAGAUGGCCUCACAGACGAUCACAGAAUUGACGGAACAGAUUAAGGUCCUGGAAAAUGAAUCGGAAAUCCAGCGAACCAUUGCCAUCAACAAGGACAGAGGACUCUCAAAGGCUCGUAUGAAGAUCUCCAAUACUUCGAAAACAAGGGACAAGCUACGCAAUGACAUUUCCAAGUCAAUUUGUUGUCUGUUUUCGUCUGUAAUUCUCUUAUUUUCUGUCUCUCAGCUGUCAGAAGCCAGGGACAAGACACUUGAGGGUGUGGAGCGAAAAGUUGAUUACAAAGAGCUAAAGGGCAAAGACCCAUCAACGGCAGAACUGGCCAAGAAAAUUGAACAGCUUGAGGUGAAUCUAGCUGAGCGCGAGAGACAGUUGCUGGAAAAAGAACUCCUGGUGGACCAGGUGACCCGGCUCUCAAAGCCACUCAGCGAGCAAGCUGAGAACUGCCAAGAGGACAGACUCUCACUGGCGAAGAAGCUGAAUGAGCUCCGAACUAACAUAAUCAACACCAACCACCGUAUGAUGGCCAUUUCUGCAGAACUUUCCAUGAAGCAGGCUGCUGCUUUAUCUCUACAACAACAGAUCAAAGAGAAGGAGCUACAGAUGGACAAGAGCCAGCGGCGGCUGGAGCAGGGCCUGUCACCAUACCCUGAGAAAGAGGAGGAGUGGAGGAAGAUGCUCCAGGACAAAAACUGCUUCUGGUACAUUCUUGCGUGUGUGUGUGUGUGUGUGUGUGUGCAGCUUGCUGAAAAGGAGUGGAGGCAGUUACCUAAUGGAGAGUACACCACAGCCGAAGCACGUCCCAACGCGUACAUCCCGCUGAACGCUCGGCUGCCUCUGCCCAAACCCUAUGGAGCCCAGGCCCCCUUCAAACCCUCCCAACCAGGGGCCAACAUGAGACACUUUCGCAAACCUGAGCUCAAAUCCAUAGAAAUAUAGAAGACAUGUCUGUGGACAAGGACGACAUAUUGAACCAUAUGACUGUUCUGUAUUUAUUGGCGUACUUCAGGCACACACACACACUAAAAGAACAUGUGUUUCAUUGAUUUGUGUUAUUUAUUUCCACACUCCUUCUUCCUGCUCUCACUAACAUGUGCAUGUCUGUGUGCUGGCUGCUCUGAGCUUGUUCUUGUGGUCUGCAUCUGGUUGUAAUUUUGGUUCCCUUACUGGCACUUGGUUGUUUACAGUAAAGCUAAAAAGUAAAAGAGAGUCGAAGGGAGUACAAGGAGACUCAGUAAUGUAUUUCUGUAUUCUUUUCUCCAUCUAGCAAAAGCAUCAUCACACUUUUACCACCUUUCUCUAGAAGAUAAAUUCCUUUCUCAGGGCCACUGGAAUAUUUCUAGGUAUUCUUCACUCUUGUUGUUUCAUCCCUCAUGCUUGUAAUCUCCGAAUAAAUUGCAAUUGGUUUAAGCUCUA